CGCAGAGGAGGCGGGCUGAGACGUGCCGAGGAUGAGAAGGGGCCGGAAGGGGGUGGCCGCCGGUGCGGCCCCGCCCCGGGGCCGCCUCCCCGCGGGUUCCGUUGGCUGUGGCGGCAGCUGAAGCUGUGGCGGCUGGGGCCGCGGGGCGGGCGUAAGAUGGCGACAGCGGCGGCGGGAGCCCUGGGCCUGUUGUGGGGCUGGCUGUGGAACGAGCGCUUCUGGCUGCCCCAGAACGUGAGCUGGGCUAACUUCGAGGGGCAGGGCGACGGCUACGGCUACCCGCGGGCCCGGCACAUCCUCUCGGUGUUCCCACUGGCGGCGGGAGUGUUCUCCGUGAGGCUGCUCUUCGAGCGGUUUAUUGCCAAACCCUGUGCACUCCAUGUUGGCAUCCAGGACAGUGGUCCUUAUCAGGCACAACCUAAUGCUAUCCUUGAAAAGGUGUUCAUGUCUAUUACUAAGUAUCCUGAUGAGAAAAGGCUGGAGGGCCUGUCAAAGCAACUAGACUGGGAUGUCCGAAAAAUCCAAUGCUGGUUUCGCCAUCGGAGGAAUCAGGACAAGCCCCCAACGCUCACUAAAUUUUGUGAAAGCAUGUGGAGAUUCACUUUUUAUUUAUGUAUAUUCUGCUACGGAAUUAGAUUUCUCUGGUCGUCACCUUGGUUCUGGGACACCCGACAGUGCUGGCACAGUUACCCUUAUCAGCCUCUCACAAGUGGACUUUAUUACUAUUAUAUCAUGGAAUUGGCUUUCUAUUGGUCUCUUAUGUUUUCUCAGUUUACAGACAUUAAAAGAAAGGACUUUCUGAUCAUGUUUGUGCAUCACCUGGCCACCAUUGGGCUUAUUACCUUCUCCUACAUCAACAACAUGGUUCGAGUGGGAACGCUGGUCUUGUGUCUACAUGAUGUCUCAGACUUCUUGCUGGAGGCAGCCAAGCUAGCCAAUUAUGCCAAGUACCAGCGUCUCUGUGACACCCUUUUUGUAAUCUUCAGUGCUGUUUUUGUGGUGACUCGCCUAGGAAUCUAUCCAUUCUGGAUCCUGAACACAACCCUCUUUGAGAGUUGGGAGAUGAUCGGGCCCUAUUCCUCCUGGUGGCUUUUCAAUGGCCUUCUCCUGGUCCUACAGGUUCUGCAUGUCAUCUGGUCCUACCUAAUUGCACGAAUUGCUUUCAAAGCCUUGAUCCGAGGAAAGGUGUCUAAGGAUGAUCGCAGUGAUGUGGAGAGCAGCUCAGAGGAAGAAGAUAUAACCACCAGCACAAAAGGUCCCUGUGGCCGCAGCUCCAGCAAUGGUGCCAAUCGGGUGAAUGGUCACAUGGGAGGCAGCUACUGGGCUGAAGAGUAAGGUGGUUGGUAUGGGGACUUCAGCAUAGAUGGACUUGUAGGGCCACUGGCAACCUACUCCUCUUGGGCCUCCCCACAUCUACAUUCCUGGGUCUAGGGGGUGUGCAGGGCACUGAGGAGAAUCAAAGAAGCAAAUAUUUUCACUUUUUAAAAAAAAACUCGGCCAUUUUGUAUUUAAUAGCCUCCAGGUUCUUUAAGUAAUGUUAUUUGCUCUGUGUGUGCACGUGCGUGUGUGUGUAUGUGCGCGCCUCUGCAUGUGCAUUUGUGCAUAUGCGUGAGUCUCGUUGCCUAGGUUGGGGCACAUUUCUGGACUAGGGCCAUUAGGCCUUGCCUGGUCUCCUCUGAACCCACCUCAGUCCCAGAUUUGGCUGCAUCUUGAAUUAUGCUGUUUCCAGAGUGUCCCCUCCCUGGUUGCCCAUGGCUCUUGAGCCCUGACCAUCUGAAUGGAGCAGCUGAGUUUAGCUCCACGUUUCUGCACUGUUUCUUCUUUGGAGCUGGAAUAUUUCGCAUGAAGUUGUAUGCAAACAGACAACCAUGAAAUAGGUGGCCAGGAUUGCUGAGGCCCCUAGCUAGAUCCCCUUCCUGCCACCUGGUAGUGACAGGGACAGCUGCUGAUACCCUGCUCUUUAUUCAAUGGUACGCAGGAAGUGGGGGUGGCGGGUGGGAGGAGCAGGCGAGCUGAGGGCUGGAGGACAACAGCUACUGGGUGAGCUGUUAACGGUUUAUAUUAUUGUUUACUCUUCUGUGAUUAAAAGUGCUUCAACCCUCA